CCAUCCGUAUUGCCGACUGAGGCUGAUGGUCCUGCUCUCGUACGAGAGCAAAUUUCGCCUGAUUUCUUGCCAGAAAUCGUACCCAUCCCUGAGUCAACCGAUGGUAUUAGACCGGGUGACAUAAACUUGCCUCGACUUCUACUUCCUCCGCUAUCGUCAUCGUCGGCACCGAUACCGUUACCAACACCUCUGCCGUCACCAGCUCGACAGAACUCAUCGACAACGGACAACUUAAAGAUCACAGUUACGAGUAACCUGGCCGCAAAUGUAAGCGGGAAAGAGGGUGAAAAAGCGACGGAAGAUGAUGAAACCGCGGCCAAGAACAAAGUUCUCCCAUUCGCUAAUCAGCCUCGUGCCACGGCUAUUGCCUCUUCUCUAAAGCCCGGUCAGGUCACACCCCCCACCUCCAUAGCCUCAGUGACAGCAAAUGGCCUAUCACUGACCACUCUGACACCACUGCUUUCGCCAUAUCGACAUCGAGUUGCUGGGGCUGGGGCUUCUUCGACAGGCGAAACAUUUCCCGCUGGUGGGCGGGGUCUACGACCGGUACCAUUCGACCUUACGCUGAGUGACCGUACCUCAGCAGCCUCGGGAACAGGCCCUAGUGAUGGGCGUGGAGACGAAGUGGACGAAGACGAUGAGGAGCAUUUAGAAGAGUUGAGAGGGCUACUGCGUAGCGGACCCCGCCGUCUGGAACACACGAUUCUGGAUACGCAUGUAAGUCAUUAUUUUUGUAAAAAGAUGUGA